ACAUGACAGUCGCAGGGCGCAUGCAGCAGGGAAGUGAAGAGAGGAAGACAAGCCUCUAAACUUUUGGAAUUGAACGGAGUUAUUUUACAAAAAUGCAAACCAUCAUAAGUUAACGGAGGAAGGAACUUGGAGGUCUUCUUGGAUUGCUCCAGGUUCCCCCUGCCAUGGCCAAGUCCAAGAAAGGUAUGGACAGCCCUGCGGACCCUCCAAGAAGAGGCAGGAAGCCCAAAUCCCUUGGUGCUGCUCCAAAAGUUGGUAAACAACAGAGUGCUCUAGGCAGCACGAAGAGCACAGGGACUGGCUUUCAGCUACUCUCUGGCCAGACAUCCCUCAAGCUACCAGCUGAAAACAUCAUCUCAGGAAACCAUGGCUCUAUCCACGAAGAUGAACAAGAUGCUCCAGAAACACAGAGUUCUGAGUCUGGUAAUGCUGCCAAGAGCAUCACCACUUUGUCCUUACCUGCAGCCAGACAGGAAGGGGAUGCCCAGAGAGGGCCGGAGGAGUUUAAAGCUGUGAAUCCUGCUCCACCACGUUUGGCUUGGAAAACCAUAGUUAGACCCGCACCAGCUCCAUCUGCUCUGAAGUCUUCAGACAUGGAGGCUGAUGACUCGCUGGAACCUCCACUGUGCAGCUGUCGCAUGGAGGCACCGAAGAACCAGGAUGUAGUAACUCUUGCUGAGGGCAAGUGCAUGGCUGUAGAGAGUGUUGAUGGAAAGCUGAGUUUAUGUCGGAAGGUGAUUCUGAAGCAGGAAAUGAUGCGUCCCUCUCUGAGGAUUCCAUUGCUGGUGUUGUGUGAGGAUCAUCGUGCGGGCAUGGUGAAACACCAGAGCUGCCCGGGCUGUGGCUUCUUCUGCAGGGCUGGGACGUUUAUGGAAUGUCAGCCAGAUGGGAACAUCUCUCACCGCUUUCACCGGAGCUGUGCCUCUCUGAUCAGAGGUCAGGUCUACUGCCCCCACUGCGGCGAGGAGGCUAGUCAUGCUAAGGAGGUCACGAUCCCCAAACCUGACUGUGUUAUUGCAGUGCCAACAGCUGCUGUGCCAGCGCACAAAAGAGACACCGCCUUAAUGGACAGGGCUAAAGUAGACUCUGUAACUGUUGGGGGAGCAAUAGACCCUGCUAAAGAAUCACUGGAAAGCGUUUUAAAUGCACUCGAGGAUGGGAAGUAUAAGAAAUUCAAGCUGCCCCCAAAGCAGCUUUAUUUCUCUGCUAAGAGAGGAGAGCUCCAGAGGAUCCUGCAUAUGCUGGUGGAAGGUGUGGACCCAAACUUGCGGAUGGACAGUGAGAAGAGGAAGACUCCCUUGCAUUGUGCUGCUGAGGAGGGACAUAAAGAGAUCUGCCAUAUACUAGUGCAGGCUGGUGCGAACCUGGACAUGUGUGAUGCGGAGCAGAGAACUCCUCUGAUUUAUGCCUGUGAGAACAAUCAUCUAGAAACAGUGAAAUACUUGCUGAAAGCUGGUGCUUCUACUGGGCAUAAGGAUAUGAGAGGCUCUACAUGUCUUCACUUGGCAGCCAGAGGAGGACACACAGGUGUGCUGCAGUAUCUUGUCUCCAUGCCAUCCAUAGACGUCAACUGUAAGGAUGAUGGUGGGUGGGCUCCUCUUACCUGGGCAACUGAGAACAUGAAUCUAGAGCAGGUGAAGAUGCUGAUCUCAGUGGGAGCUGAUGUCCAAAUAAGAGAUAAGGAGGAGAAUGUCUGCCUCCACUGGGCAGCGUUCUCUGGCUGUGAUGAGAUCGCUCAGCUGCUGCUUGACAAGAGAUCUGACCUACACGCUGUGAACAUCCAUGGAGACUCACCUCUCCACAUUGCUGUCAGACAGAACCAGCUGGACUGUGUAAUGCUGUUUCUGUCGCGAGGAGCAGAUGUUAAUCUGAAGAAUAAGGAUGGCGAGACUCCUUUGGACUGCUGUAGUAUAAAUUCCAAGAUGUGGACAAUCCUGAACACCAAUAAGAAGCUGACAGAUGCUCGGAGAGGCAGAGACAGCCUAAGUGAAAGACUCAUCUGCAGAGAUGUGUCCCGAGGCUAUGAAGACGUCCCUGUGACAUGCGUGAAUGGGGUGGACCAUGAGCCCUGCCCCAGCAACUUCAAAUACGUUCCAGAGAACUGUUUUACCUCUCAAGUGAAUAUAGACGAGAACAUAACGCAUUUACAGCACUGCAGUUGUAAAGAUGACUGUGCAUCAAGCAGCUGUAUCUGUGGCCAGCUCAGCAUGCGCUGUUGGUAUGACAAGGAUGGCCGCUUGUUGAAAGAGAUCUGCAGGGAUGAUCCACCCUUCCUGUUUGAGUGUAACCAUGCCUGUUCCUGUUGGAGAACAUGCCGAAAUAGAGUGAUACAGAAUGGCCUUCGGGUCAGACUGCAGGUGUUUAGGACUGAGAGGAAGGGCUGGGGGGUCCGGGCACUGCAGGAUAUUCAUGAGGGAACUUUCGUAUGCGAGUUUGCAGGUGAAAUCAUUUCAGAUGGAGAAGCUAAUGUUCGAGAAUAUGACUCGUACAUGUUCAACCUAGACAAUAAGGUUGGAGAGGUCUACUGCAUUGAUGCCCAGUUUUAUGGUAAUGUUAGUAGGUUUAUGAAUCACCUUUGUGAACCCAAUCUAUUCCCGGUACGGGUGUUCACCAAACACCAGGACAUGCGCUUUCCUCGAAUUGCACUCUAUGCAAGCAAGGCUAUUCAAGCUGGAGAUGAGCUUGGGUUUGACUAUGGUGAUCCCUACUGGCAAAUCAAGAAAAAGUACUUCUGUUGUCAGUGUGGCUCUGCAAAAUGUAGAUACUCGGAGACCAUUCUGGGCCAGAAUCACGCAGACAGCUCAGUUCAAGCGCUCGGUGAUCAGACCGUUGCUCAGGUGGAACAAAUCCAGUCAGCUAACACAGCUAUAGCAAUAACUCAACCCUGAGCCCUUCACAAGUACAACAGGAUAUGCUGAGAUCUUUAACGAAUAAAUACGAUCAGGAGUGCAACUCAUCAUUUCCUAAAUCUCAGCUUCAAGGAAGGACAAUUUGUGCAGAGAUACAGCAUCCUUUAUUUUAUCACCACGCUGUUGAGGGCAUUUGUAAUAAGACUUUUAAUCAAAGGUGUUUUGGGCCUUUUUUAUCUGAAUUUGUCUCACAAAGAUUUGAUUUGCUUAGGAUGAUGGUAAGGCUCCUUAAUUGUAUGAGAUAUAGGCACUACCAUAUUAGACUUUUAUACAUUUUUAAACAUAAACAGUUACAUACUUGGUAUAAAAAACAGGGUUUUUAGCUGAUUUUCAUAAGCAAAAACGAAAGUAGUAGUAGAACAGAUGGACAUGUUUUGCUGC